AUCUGCCAGUUCAGCAGGAAGACCGAGGACUGUUCCUCCAUGCCCUGUGAAUGAGGGAUUUUUUGGUAGAGGUGGUGGUUCGAGUUCUGCACCACGGAGACCACCUACUGUUCAGAGGGAACCUAGUAGCUCUGUUGCUUCAGCUCCAGCUCCAGUUCAGCCACGAGUGUACAGUCUGAGUCAGCAGGAGGCUCGAGAUGCUCCGGAUGUGGUGACAGAUACGAUUUAUAUUUCUGAUCAGCCCUAUCGUGUUUUGUUUGAUUCCGGAGCCAGUCACUCAUUUUUGUCCGAGCGUUGUUUUGAUGCUUUGCAUCUGGAUUCGGUUUUGCUUCCGGUUUCUCUUUCUGUGAUUUUGCCGGCUGGAAGUAAUUUGAUUGCUUGGAAGUUUUGUUUUUGUGAGCUUGAGAUUGCUGGCAAGAAGUGGAAAUCCAGUUUGAUUCUGUUGCUGAUUUCUUCGUAUGACGUGAUUUUGGGCAUGGAUUGGCUGAGUCUGUAUGAGGCCCAGAUUGACUAUUUGAGGAAGCAA